UGCUUUUAUUUUUUUUCUUCGUUUUUUGUUUUCAUUCGUUGUUUUUUAUUUUAUUUUGUACACGACGGUGUUUCCUUGGCUUAGUUUUUCACGGCUGUUCUUUUCAACACGGUUGGACAUUAAACAUGAUCGUUCCUUGUGUUCCUAGGAGCAACUUUUUUCCUUCUGCAAGACCUGUUUCUCCUGCUGUCUGACAGUUCAGCCUGUGAGGGUCUGUGUGGACAUACAUGACAAAACUGAGCUGUUUAAAGUUAAAUAUUCUGCUACCACUUAAGUGGGCGUUUUAUCCGUUGGACUGACACCAAGUGCAACAAAAUGACACUCUUUCCUUUUUUCUGAGCUCUCAAGAAGACUAAAGUGUAGUGUCCAGCUCUCCAUAGUGGACUGGAUGAUGGCAGGGCCUCCAUCUCAGCGCCUGUUGCCCCCUCCUGGACCUAAAACACACUUCAGGAGUUUAGAUCAUGCAGGAGGAGACUCACUGAUCACUGGACCAGUCAACACCGGCCCUGACCUUAAAUCACCCCAGACCCCACUCAAAGGUGAUCAGCGCUUUAAAGACUGCUGUGAAAUAAAGGAUAAGGACCGGUUGGAAAUGGAUGAGGAUUCUUUGGGACGUUGCACGAGCCGGGACAGGAGCAGCAAUGGGCAGGGAGCAGAUGGCAGCGGUUUAGGGACAGGGACAGGUACCUUUCAGAGCCUGUGGGAGCGGACAGUGGCCUCUGAUCCCGGUUUGUACCAGCUACACUACAUGGACCUGGGCGAGUUCCUGACGGAGAACGGCAUGGCCAUGCACGGAGCUCAGAUCCCAUCCCAGAGCUCGCAGUGCCCCUCCACAUCCCCUUCUCCCUGCUCGUCCUCAUCCUCAUCCUCAGCUUCUGCCGGUUCACCACCUACGUUGCUUGGCUUGGACAUGCAGGUGCAGCAGAGCAUGCUGGGAGCUGCCGGAUGCUUGCACAGUCCUCCUCAGGGCAGCCUCGAGAAUACUCCAUCACCCUCCUGCCCUCCACUCACUGCCCCACCCAUGACCAAUGCCAAUGACAUACUGACGACCUUUGACCCUGACCCUGCUGAUGUGGCCCUGUCCAGUGUCCCAGGUCAGGAGGCGUUUGAUCCCCGCACACAUUGCUUUAGUGAAGACGAUCUCAAGCCACAGCCUGUGAUCAAAAAGGCCCGGAAGAUGCUCGUCCCUGACAGUUUAAAGGAUGAGAAAUACUGGAGUCGUCGCUUGAAGAACAACGAGGCAGCUAAACGCUCUCGCGAUGCGCGGCGAGUGAAAGAGAACCAGAUCUCGGUGCGUGCCGCCUUUCUGGAGCGGGAGAACGCUGCGCUCCGACAGGAAGUGUCUAAUAUGCGCAAGGAGCUUGGCCGCUGCCGUAACAUCCUCAACAAAUACGAGAGCCGCUACUUGGAGCAGUUAUGAACAAGAAAGAAGAGAAAGACCUAAAGCUAUAUGAAUCUCUGAAUGUGCUGAGCGACAAUGGACAUGAGCCGAAUCUCACACAGAGGCACAAAAGGAAAAGAGAAACACAUGGACAGAAAGAGUAAUGCAGGGAAAUGGACAAAAAGCCUGUUUAUACUUUGAUGAGAAGUUAAAUAUAGGAUAAAAUGUUUUUCCAUACAGGAGAGAAAUGUAUAUUUUUAUAAAUAGAGGCAAACAAUGUGGGAAGAGGAAUCUUUUUGAGAAUAUUUGAUGUAUUAUUGUAUUUCAUAUAUAUAUGAAAGACUAUUUCAGGACAGUGUGAGAUCAAGAGAGAAUGUAGAGAUAUCGCAGGUAUUUUAAAAAGCACUUACAGAGCUAUAACAGAUGAGGAGGGAUAGUCAUAUUGGAGUAAAUUUGAUUUCAUCAAAUUGGUGGAAUAAUAAUUUCAGACUGUGAAAGCUAAAGUGAGUUUUUAAAUUUGCUAAAAGAAUAUAUAGUUUGGGUUUAUUCAAGCACUUAAGUAAUUGUGAACUUUUUAUGCUUUUGUAAUGAAAGAGUUCUAGCAGAGUUUUAGAUUGUUUUUCUUUCUUUUAAACUUUUGACUUUGUGCCGAUAAUUGGGCAAAAGACAUCGAGAGAGAAAGUGGGAUGGAUUGUGAGGCUUAAUAUUGACUGUUUUUUUUCUUCACUCUUUCUUCAUUGAUUUGAAUUCUAAAUGUAUAGUGAAAUGAAUCUUCACACAUGUACUCAGUUUCCUUUUUUCCUAUUACUGAAAUAGACAUUUCCUCCUAUCUUUCCUCCCACACAGUUUAACACUGCAAUGUCUGUGAUCACCAGAACUGUUGGUGCCACAUUGUUUAAGUCCCUCGCAUACUUGAACCUUCUAUAGAAAUUAUCCUUGCUGUGCAAAGCAUACGCUUGUAUAAUACUGAUACAAAUGACAAAGAAUUAUCCUUACCAGAUUGUGUAGAACAUACCGUCUGUAUUGUAUACAGAUAUUUAGUAUAUUUUCCAGACAGAUUUGCAUUUUUGGACUGAUUGUGCUUUUGUAGGUGGCUUGCAUGAGUGUGCAAAGCUGUUCCAGGCACCAUUACUUUUCCAUCUCUCGUAGUCUGACCAGGAAUAGUUAUACAUCAUGCCCUUGAGUUGGAUUAAUCUUCUUGAGUCUAAGUUUUGUGAAUCUGAGUUAUAAUUGCAUUGAAAUCAUGGCGUGAUGCACUUCCCUUUAAUAGUGCCAUGGCUAUUUACUUCUCCUUUCUGCUUCUAUAUCUGUUUCUUUCUCUAGAUCACUUAUAAAGUUCUUUGAAUUCUUAAUGUACUAAAUAUUAUGUUUACUUGUAAUAGGAUUAACUUUAGUUUUAUCGUUUAGCUUCGCUCUGUUUUUCUGUCCCCGUAAAUGCACUACUCUCUCCUUAAUUGUGCAUGUUUUAGGCCACUUCUUCUUUGAUAGCUCUCACCGGAUUUGUUUAUCUUGAAGAGUGCAUUAUAGAGCCACAGUGGUCACCACAAUCUGUUGACAAAAUGAACAGCGCUUUUAAUUUCUGUUUAGACAUUCCGCUCAGUCUUUAUCGGUGAUGUAGGUGUUUGAGGUGUUUUAUUUUGUUGUUGUUGUUUUUUUUUUCUCACCUAUAUCUUUUGUGUCAGCAGUGACAGUAUGUUUUUCCUGCAACUUCCCAUCUUGUUUAACAGACCCACGAAUACAAGACACUCAUCCACACCAUCCUUGAGUUAUGCAUCCCAGUGACCACUUUGCUCUUAGCCAAAGUAUUUCCAGAAAAUGUCUUUUAAUGGAGAACACAAAUAAAUAAUUCUUAUUCACAA